AACUGAUUUAUAAUUCGGUUUUGAAAAUAGAAGAAAGCAGUUUUCUUAUAAUUGAUUUGGUUUAACGGGAUUGCCGUCUACCUGUGCUAAUAUACAGUUAUAGUAUUAUAUGGUAAAUCCGAGCCUCAUAAUAUCCAUGUUUAGGAGAAAGUGAUUUUACAAGUAGUUUACGAUUUAUUUUUUAAAUAGUCACAAUGUCAACGUUAAAGAUUUUCAGAACUAAGAACUCUAUUUCGGCACAAGAAGGAAAAGUGUUUGACCCUCUGAACACAGGCGAUGAAACUUGUAUCCUAUGCUUAAGAAACUGUACCUCAGGACAAGUCGUUAAAUUCUCAACCAUUCCGGGUUCAAACAUUCACGAUGCAAUACAAUGUCGAUUGCAAUUGCAGAGCACUUUGAAUCUCAAUUUAACUCUAGAUAUGUUUGUAAUUUGCCGAACUUGCUGGAAGCUGGUAGAGCUAGUAUUAGAAUUUCAGCAAUGUUGUCUAAAAGCAGAAAUGUGGACAGCUGCCGGUUUUAAGAACGAUGCAGACCAACAAAAACCGGAUACCUGGUUGUGUGAAGAAACGUUCGAAAUGAUGACACGUGCUCAUCUUGUUAUACAAGAGCGUAACGAACAUAUCCUAAGCGAAAAACGGCUUCUUGAAAAAGAAACCGCACCUCUGACAAUAGAAAAUGUCAAAGUAGAAAUGUGUGACGACGAUGAUGAUCUGCUAACUGAAAUGGUUCACAAUGCAGAAUUUCGGAAAAUUUCCAGAAAUGAUCCAGAUGUUGAAAAAGGAGAAACUGUUGUUGAAUCUUCAGAAGCGAAAAAACUGGAUAAUAAUGUUAUAGAAUGUAACAUAUGUCACCGGAAAUUCGACACUGAACACGGUUACAAAGUUCACUACAAACGAUGCGUUGGAAAAAAUACAAAUGCAACUUUUUUUAAAUGUUCAAUUUGCACGAAAUCAUUCAAAGCUCAAAGAGAAUUGAGGGCCCAUAUGAAUAGACACAGAGGAGUCAGGCCGUACCAGUGUCGAAAAAAUUGUGAAAAUACUUUUUUUAGCGUCGCAACAAGGGUAAAACAUGAAGACUCCUGCGGAUCGCAGAUGCAAGUUUGUCCCAUAUGCGGUGACCAGUUGAAAUCAAGGAAUACAUUUGCUAAUCACAUGGCUCAUACUCACGGAGAGCCACACAUCGGUUGUGACAUUUGCGGAAAGAAGCUCAAGUCGAAAAACAAACUCCGACGGCAUAUGCUGGUGCACACGAACGUUAGAAACUACCCCUGCAACGUGUGUGGCAAAUCGUUUAAAACCUCCUACGCAGCUAACGUUCACCAAAGGAUACACACGCAGGAAAAGCCGUUCAUGUGUGAUAUUUGUAGUCAAGGUUUCACUUACAAAUGUUCUCUGAAAGCGCAUGUGAAUCGGGAGCACGGUUAAUUUUUUUUUA